AAUAGCGUUGUGCUCGCUUUUCCAUAGAGCAAGUCAAAGAAAAGAGAGUAAAGGGGGAAGUCUUUUUUAAACGGACCGAUAUUAACGCGACCACAAGAUGGCAGCACUCGUCUCUGUAUAAAUAGUUUUUCUUCCAUUUUCACAUUUUGAAAUAACUAACCGAUUCGUCGCCAGGAUUUACACUAUUAACAUUUAUAAUAUUUACAACAUAACCGCAAAAGUUUUAUUUUUAAUCCAGCGACGGCAAUGUAUAAAUAAAGUUUUGUUUUGAAUCUCCGCCAUUGCGGCAAUAAUGGCGGCUGACGCUUCUCCACCCGGAGCGGCCCCUUCUCUGUCUGCGAAGGUGGUCAGGUCUUUUGCCUAUUUGACCGUGAAGGAUCGGCUGCCGACCAUCCUCACAAAAGUCAUUGACACGAUCCACCGCAAUAAAAACAAGUUCUUCGAAGAGCACGGAGAGGAAGGCAUUCAAGCUGAGAAGCAGACCAUUUCUCUCCUGUCUAAACUCAGAAACGAGUUGCAAACAGACAAGCCAAUGGUUGACCUGAGCGACGGCCAUGGAGACCGGGACGCCUGGAAUCAGUACCGACAGAGGCAGCAGGCGCUUCAGGGCUCGGAGGCUGUGAGCUGGUUCAAGUCUCCCUGGCUGUACGUGGAGUGCUACAUGUAUCGGAGAAUACAGGAGGCAGUUUGGCUCAAUCCUCCCAUCUGUGACUACGACGUCUUCAAUGAGGGGAAAACCCGGAGCUUUUUCGAGUCCCAGCAGGCUAUGAUGGCUCUGUGUUUGCACUUUGAGAGCAUCAACAAGAACGUUGAAGAACUGUCUGAUAACCACCUGCAGGAACAUUUCUACACGCUACUGAAGGUCUCUCUGUGGGGAAACAAGUGUGAUCUGUCCAUCUCAGCGGGGAUGGAAAAUUCCCAGAAGACCAGUCCUGUGGAGUCGCUCCUCAGUUUGGAACCUUUCAUCCUGGUGGAUGACUCCAGCAUGGUGUGGUCCACGCUGGCCUCUGCGCGGGCCUCUGUGCGAUCUGGACAGUCUGUCAGGGUGGACUUGGUUCUGGAUAACGCCGGCUUUGAGCUGGUGACGGACUUGGUCCUGGCUGAUUUCCUGGUGGCAUCAGGUCUCGCCACUGAGGUCCGUUUCCACGGGAAAUCCAUGCCGUGGUUUGUCUCUGACGUGACGGCUCGUGACUUUCAGUGGACCAUCAAGCAAACCAUGGCGGCAAAUCACAAGUGGAUGUCGAAGAGCGGCGCCCGGUGGCAGAACUAUUUGCGGGAUGGCGUCUGGUCCUACCAUGACCAUCCUUUCUGGACUUUGCCUCAUGAGUUCUGUGACAUGGAGGCUGACGCUGCUGACCUGUACGGGGCGCUGCAGAGCAGUGACUUGGUGCUGUUUAAGGGGGAUCUCAACUACAGGAAGCUGACCGGCGACCGAGAGUGGGAGCACACAGUUGAGUUUGAAACCGCUCUCAGGGGAUUUGCACCCGCACCGCUAUGCAGUUUGAGGACUCUCAAGGCUAAUGUUCAGGUCGGUCUACAGCCUGGUCAAGCGGCAAAGUUAGGCUCUAAAGAACCCGACUGGAUGACAAGCGGCAAGUAUGCCGUCAUUCAGUUCCACGGCCCGAAGGCCCCAUCGACCCCCGUGGAAUCUGCCACUGAGCAAUAAGUCCUGCUUCACUUUCUUUACGCCAUAACUCGAGUAUUUGAGUACUGAAACCACCAUACACUUAAAUUUCAAAAUGCACCUUUACACCACAGCAUGGUCGUUUCCACCGUGGCCCCCUGUUGACAGCCCAUUCUUACGAAUGUUGCACUUCCUCAUCUCAAACUUUUCUUGCCAAUUGAAACUCCAGAUCUGUUAAGCGCAGCAACUUUAUCCACUGGGGUGGAAAAAUGAGAUUGCGUUUUACUUCGAAUCGAUUUCGCUGCACUGAACAAAGUCACUAUGUUUACAGGCGGACAAAAGCCCCAUUUGCAAGUGCAGAGCAGGAGAUGAGUAAGAACUUGCGCUGUGUCCUCUGGAGCUGACAAAGAACUGUCAUGCAGCAGGAGAGGAGCAGAUCCAUCUGGCUCGCCUGUGGUGGCCACUCAAAUGGGUCACACACUGCCACCCCCCUCUCAGUAGGUCUCCCCGACUGGUGCUUUCUCAUCUCAAGACAGUGGAUGUUAUUGCUCCCUGGCUGGUCAGUGUGGAGUUGCAUGGAUUCACCUGCUUGUUGUUUGCUUGCUGAAGGGAAGCACCGACCCACACAUCAUGGGCUUCAAGUGUCAAAGUAAUAAAAUGUUUCUGCAGUGGUGUGAAAACCA